AUGGCCUUGGUUGCAACAACUUUAGCAGCAAUUAUCAUGGCCACAAGCCACGACUCUGCUACGGUUUUGAACGUGACAUUCGAAGCAAAGUAUACAAAUACACCAUCAUUCAAGUACUUUGUGGGUGUCAAUGCAAUUGCAAGUGGGUAUAGCUUCAUUCUUCUCUUUCUUCCUUCCAAGAAUUUGCUUUGGCGCCUCGAGUUGGUUUUCGAUUUGGUUAUAACAUUAAUGCUUGAUUCAAGCAUAUCAGCAGCUUUGGGCAUAGCUCAGGUGGGUAAGAAAGGAGACAGUCAUGCUGGUUGGCUACCAAUCUGUGGGCAAGUCCCCAAGUUUUGUGAUCAUGUCAAAGGAGCUCUCAUUGCUGGUUUUGUUGCGGCAAUAAUUUACUUUCUUCUUCUUCUUUACUCUCUUCACAAUGUCCUUGAUCUUCUCACUAUUACAGGCCCUCCCCUGUGA